CGCUUUUUGUCUCGUCGCCUCCCCUGCCCGCGCUGAUUAAACCCGCUUUUUGCCCGAUCAAUUGAGCCUAGUCAUGGCAGUGUAUUGAAAGGCUCAACAUAUGCUUGUAUGCAAAAACUGGGGUGUGGCGGGCGGCAGCUGCGGCCGAGGCUGUCAUAGAGGCGGGAAUGUCGGGCGGGAGGCGGGUUACGGCCAGAAGCCUCGCCUUGUGCAGGGGGGAAAAAAAAUGUGGGCACCGACGGACAGGCGGCGGCGUGCCCAGGAGGCCGCCCGUCAGUCCUCCCCGACCCUCCGACCUGACCACGUCCUCCCCUCACCACGCCCUCACUCCAGCCGACACCACGCCCUCACACCUUCUGCCACCACGUCCCUUCCAUACCAAGGCCUCCACCUCAGUACCUCCACUACCUCUAAGCCCUGCCGUUACCUCCCUCCACCACCACCACGUCCUCACAUCCUCCUCCACCACCGCCACCACCGCCUUCUCCACCGCGAUGUUCCGCAUGACCACUGCGACCCACGACUGGCCACGCCCCCGCGCCAGUACGUGCAUCAGACGACGACCAGAUGACGAGGUUCACGGGAGAUGGAGACGGAUAUAAGCAACACGGCAAGGCGUUCAUGACGUGUAGCGAGGGCGAAUGGGAGAAGCUACAAACAACAAAAGAAACCGGAAGACUACAACACGAACAACAGUGGUUGAAAAUAACACGAAGCAUUUUGGCAGUUGUCCCUUAAUGCCAGACAGGAAUACUGUCAUCUCUGGCCACAGUGAGCCCAAGUAACGCCCAAACUCAACCAGCAAGACGAGGCUUAACGCAAAUCCCAACCAGAAAAGUAAAAAAAAAAAAAAAAAAAAAAA